UUCACCAUCAAAUACCUAAGAACCCUUUUGUCCACUAUAAAAACAUCGUCCUAACUUUCAACACUUGCGUAUUCUCAGUCAUGGCGUCGCGCUUUAGAUCUGUCUCAAAGCCAACAUUCUCUAGCCUGGAAUCAACUAUAAACAAGCCAAACCUUAAACCUAGUCCUGCCUCUCAUCUCUUUCCUGUUCAUCCCUCGUCUCCCACAUUUUCAAGGCCCGUUUCUCAAUUGGGUUGUCUUCAAUCUCUGCUGCCUCUCCACUCAGCGGUGUCUUCAACUCGGCUCACCUCGUGUGUAGGAAACGAUUCAAUGUGCUCGAGGUCGUUGUCUUAGGGGGUAGAUACAAACAAAGACA